AUGUCUGGUUCAGUGGAUGACGUGCCUUGCAUGAACUUUGAAGCCAACAUAUUUGCAAAGAGCCUGUGCCAGCACUGUUUCCGAGCUGCAGGGGCUCACCAGCAUGCUAUCCAGCCCCGCAGUGCGAGGUAUACGUGUGUGUGGGCCCGGCGGAGGGCACGGAGCGCUGGCACGAGAGCAGGGGAUAUCCCCCACUCAGCCCCGGAGCUGAGGGUGAGCACAGAGAAAUUGGCACCGACCCCAGCGCCUGUGCUGAAGCCAACUCUACGCUUGCCAGGCUCUCCUCCGAAGACCUGCUUUGCCGUGGAUGUGGUGGCAUCCCGCGUCGCUCACGCCUCCCCCAGUAACGGCCUUCUCCCCGUCCCAGAGCACCGUCCUGCCAGCCAGAAGCCUGAGGAGAGCUGGCCAAAGCACCGAAAAACUGACCCUCCUUGGGCAUCCACUCUGCCGCGUGCCCCAGCUGGCUCACUGCCAGCCCGCAGUAACCUGCUGGGUGGCAGGGGACCCCUCUCUGGCCCACGGGUUCGGGAGUCCCAUGGGCACUCUGGCAGCGGGGGUACUGAGGGGCGGCAUGGACUGGAGAGACAGGAGUACACGGUGCUGGCAGACCUGCCCAAGCCCAAGCGCCUCGGCCAGCAGGACGCUGCUGACCACUGUGGUUCCCGGACACUCAGCCCUGGCCGAGUGGAGGUGGAGAGGAUAUUUGGAUGCAAACGCAGGAAAUCAGAGACGCUGGAGGCCUUCCAGGCUCUGGAGGAGGGCCGUGUGGACCGGCUCGAUGGCAAGACGCCGGUGCCACCCAGCAAAGGCCACCUAACUCGGAGGCGGUCCAGCCCCAACCUGCCCAGAGAGGGUCAACGACUCUCCUGGCAGCUUGAGCAGCGCAGCAGAGACCCCAAGGAGCCCCGGCAUUCCCCCAGCCCAGCUCGGCACCCUGAGAAGGCCAGCAGGACCCGGGGGGACUCCCCAUGCCCUGCCAGCCCUGGCUGGCUGCUGGACAGAGGCAGCCAGGGCCCACGCUCUGCAAGCCCAGCCUGCAGAUCGGAGAGGAGAGCAGGGGAGCCCUUGAACCCUCCCUGUCACACUGAGAAAAGCUGGAGAAGCCGAGGGGAGCCUGCCCGCCCCUCAAACUCGGACAAGGGCCGAGCCACCUGGCAAGCAGGGGGUAUACGGCAGGCACUGGAGAAGAAGAGCCGAGGGGAUUUCCUGCACUCCACAGGAGUUGGGAAGGGCUCAGAUAAUGUCAGGCUGAGCCGGGCAGGGCCACCACCAUGGGCCCUCAGUCCUGGGAGACGUACCGAGAGCACAAGGAAAAGCCAAAAGGAGAUCUCGCUUCCCAGCUUGGUGCGGGGAGCAGAGAGGCAACGAGGGAAGCCAGGGGAGCCACUGCACCUUGCAGGGCCCAGGAAGCCAUCCGAAUGCAGCUGGCAGAGCCUCCGGGACAAGCUGACAUCCUCCCAACCUGGAAAGGGCACCACCAGUGACUGGAAAGGGCAAGGCAAGCCCCUGUGCUCCACAAGCCCAACACGACCACUGGAGCAGGACUGGAGGGGCCGGGGGGAUGCCCACCAAGCACAGGUGUGGGAGAAGGACUGGAAGCGCCAAGAGAUGCCCAUGUGCCAUGCAGAUGUGAUGCGCCAGCUGGAAAGGGACUGGAAAAAUCCUGCUAGGUGUCUGGAUGUGGGAGUACAGUCGGAUGAUAGCUGGAAAAGGCCUGAGAGUCCAGCACAUCUGGAGGAGGACUGGAAAGGUCCUGAGCACACACGAGAUACACACAACCCUGAGAAGCCAUUGGCAACUGACUGGGGGAACAAGAGUCUUCUCAUUUACCAUCCCCAGCUGGGUGGAAGCACCUUCCCACUGCAAAGCAGCACUGGCUCCUCAGGAAGCCUGCAGCCACACUGGAAUGCCAGUAAGAAGCGCAACAAGGUAGGGGCCAGGCCCUGGGAAUUGUGAGGAGGGGUAGCUGCC